UGUAGGUGUCAAGAGUGGCGCCAGUCCUCAGCAUGGUGGCUCUGUCAACUGUAUUUUGCCAGUGUCUACACAGGCUCCUUGCGCAGCCUCGAUUUCGAACGCGUGACCGGCACGUUCCUCGGCGCCGCCCUCUCCAGUGCCAGCCGCGGAGCGCUACCGCCUCCGUGGCUAAAGCCAUGUUGCCGUCCCCGAUGCAGGUGUCCCUGUCGCACUCCUCCUGCAAGUCUCAGAGCUGUGGGAACGGCUAUCCGGAGCAGAGCUCCGUGGAGUGGGACCCCAGCUCCUUCCUGUCGGCACACAAGCUCUCGGGGCUGUGGAACUCGGCUCACGCGAACGGGGGAGCGCACUGCAACCACGGAGCGGCCGCACACCCGCAGCAAGGCGACUCUAAAUGCUGUGUCUGUGUUGCUCCAGGUGGCACAGAGGGACCAAAUUGCCACGAAAAAAGGCCUUCUCACGAGGCCCCAGGGAAAUCUGCAAAGAUUGCUGGGACCAAGGUUUGUCCUUAUAGUCACCCAGCUUCCCAGAACUCCAGUGCGACAGCUCCAGGGUCUCCUCUUUCUACCUCUUCUGAUCUGUGCAAGACCACCCCCAAGCACUUGAAGUCCAUGUGCCGGAGGCCCACCCCUCCAGGUGAGGCCUUCCAUUCCACUGAGCACCAUCAGCACUCAGACCUAGCUGUGCCGCCCAACAGCCCCACUGGGCUGUCUUCCCAGCAUUCCUCACUGCUCCCUCCCAAGCAGUCCUCCAGUCAGCACGUGCACGGGACCUCUCCCAGCCCUGGGCUAACAACACACGCUCCGUUCACCCCUUUGGUACCGAACCUCCACGUGCCAGUAUCCAAAAUGGUAGCCGGACCAGACAACCCCGCUUCCCUACACAAGCCGGGAGCGUGCAAAAGCUCCCACAUUCCGGCAGUGAACACGCAGCACGCUAAACUGGCCCCCUCGCCGACAGGAUGUGGCCAUCCCUGUAACGGGCACAGCAAUGGGACUGUCACAUCUCCCGGCGCGGGACACGUGUCGUCUGGAGCCUGCAGGGACCAGGCGUGCAAAGGGCACAAGCUGGCGAACGGCACCGGCGCGGCGUGCCACCCGCCCUGCGAGCUGGAGGAGGGCCUGGGCGAGGACGAGGACAGCAGCUCGGAGAGGAGCUCCUGCGCCUCCUCCUCCACCAACCAGAAGGACGGGAAGUACUGCGACUGCUGCUACUGCGAGUUCUUCGGCCACAACGCGCCUCCCGCCGCCCCCACGAGCCGGAACUACGCGGAGAUCCGCGAGAAGCUGCGUUCGCGGCUCACGCGGCGCAAGGAGGAGCUGCCCCCGCGCCAGGACUCGGACCCCGCGGCGCCCGGCGCCAUCGACCACCGCGACGUGGACGAGCUGCUGGACUUCAUCAACAGCACCGAGCCCAAGCCGGUCAACAGCGCCAAGGCCGCCAAGCGAGCCCGCCACAAGCAGAAGAAGAAGGAGAAAGAAAAGGCCCAGCAGUGCAGUGCGGAACCCUUACACAUUGAUGCCCGGUCCUCACCCCCGGGGCAACCACAAGAGGGCGCUCCUGCGCCGGAGACAGAGGCAGGCCGGCUCCUGGAAUGGCCUCAGCUGGAGCUGGAGCGAGUGAACAGCUUCCUGACCAGCCGGCUGGAGGAAAUCAAGAACACUAUCAAGGACUCCAUCCGCGCCUCCUUCAGCAUGUACGACCUCAACCUGGACGUCAACGAUUUUCCCAAGAAGGCCGCCACCCUGGAGGGCAACCACCUGCUGUCGCACCUCAACGGCUCCUCCGACCUGCAGCAGAUCGACCUGGACCUCUCCCCACUCACCCUGGGAAGCCUCAAGAACCACCUGGUCAACGGCAGGGAGGGUCUGGCCGCCCAGGACGUGCAGCGACUCAACGCCACUCCCAGCCUCUCCAAGCUGAUCCGCGUCCGCUCUCCGGAGAGGAGCCCCGGGAGGAACACGUCUCCAGUCCCCUCCAGAGAGGGGGCGGCUCUGGGAGUGAAGAGCAAGGAGGAGAGUCCCGACGCGAAAGCCGCGGGGGCCGCUGGCAAGCAGAGGAAAGGAAAGAAGCAGCAGCAGCAGCAGCAGCAGGCGCCUGCUAAAGCUGUCAAGUCGGCCACUGGGAGUGAGCUCCAGAAAAACAAGGAAACCCCAGCGAGAGCAACGGGAUCGGGGAGCAACUCCAAAACGGGUCCCAAACCACCCGCCCAGCCGCCGGCAGCAGCGGAGUCCCAGAAAAGCCAUGUACCGCUGGCGAAGAGGCCUGAGGAGGGGAAGGUGCCCAGGCCAGGCCUCGGGGGUCCCGAUUCUGGUGGCUGCCGGCCGCCGGAGAAGAACGGAGCUGACAGCCAGGAGACAACUGGGGGAGCCAGGCCGGACUUGGAACCUGAGGCCCGAGUCCAUUUCCUCACUGCCGCCGGAUCCCAGCAGCCUAGAGGAAAGAGCAAAAAGAGCAAAAGCAAGAUGGAUAAAUCCAGCAGCUCCAUUGAUGACGUGUUCCUCCCCAAAGACCUGGAUGGGACCGAAAUGGAUGAAAUCGACCGGGAGGUUGAAUACUUCAAGAGGUUCUGCCUGGAUUCUGCCAAACAGACGCGACAGAAAGUGGCUGUGAACUGGUCCAACUUCAGCCUCAAAAAGGUUCCCUCGAACGCAGCUCAGUAAGCACACGAGCAGAAGAACAGACAGCCCAGCGCACACCUCCUUCUUCAUCUCCUCCCGCGCCACUUCCGCCACCCUCACCUCCACGGCACCCCCGAGACUCGCAGGCCUGCGUGACGCCCCAAAUCACCGCGGGCAGCUGGACUGGCAGCGGGCUGAAUCCUCCACCGCAGAAACCAAGGAAACUUUUCCAAAGCCGCUUCAUCUUUUCUGGGCCGUUUGUUGUGCGGCCAGUUACCCCCCAGGGCCCUGAGGCAUUCACCACCUGUGACACUCCACGUAUCUCCCAGCCAGUUUGUGUCACGUGUUCGGAAGAGACGAGCAGUGGCUGCAGCCUGCCCCCUCCAACGCAGCUGCCUGUCAACAUUAGCUUGCUAAUGGUUCUGAAGACUCUGCUGGUUGUAGGUCCACUGCCUUUCUCCCAUUGUGUGUUCAGGGGCCAUGUUAUACUGUCCUCACUCUUAUUGUACUAAGCAAGCAGUCACUGCUCAAUGCAGACAUUGCUUUUUAAAAAAUAAUCUGCCAGUUUGGCGCUUUCAAUUAGCAGAUCUCCAGUUUCGCAUCAGGUUAUAGCAAAUGGUUACGUUCUUAAUGUACUGUUCUUAUUCAGAUCCUCCUUCUUGGUGAUCUUCAACUCUGUUUUUAUUUCUUCAGAUCAUUGUUGUUUGUUCCUACGUAUUCGUACCAAUUUUAAAAAAUUUUACAGUGAAAUUCAACAAUUUCAAAAAUUGUUUAAGUUUUACUUUAAGUUGAGCGCAGAGGGGACAAACUGAGAGCACUUUUUAGGGAGACUAAAAAUUGGUACAUUAUUGUAUUCUGGCAAAAUCAUUCUCACAACAGAUGAGUGCACCUUGCUUGGAUGAUCCGAUCAUGGUCAUAUGGGAACUAGAAAUAUCCCACCACACUAAAAGUUUGUGCCGAUUAACAUUGCUUUGAGACCUUUUACUGGUUUUUAUAAUUCUCGAACAAUAAGAAGAGAAAUUGAAAACCAGUGCCAUCUGCUGGUUGUUUUGAUCACUCAUUUCUAUUACUAGAUAAAAGCUGGAUUGACAAUGUACCACACAUGUCUCAUUCGCAUCUGCUAUUGUGAAGCUUGAUGCUGUGUAGUGGUGGUAGGGGUUUUGAAUUGAACAUAAUGUUGGUCUCUUUCCACCACUGGAGAUGAUACAUCUUGCGCAGCAUUAAUUAGGACCUUGAUGCUUCAGAGUGAGUGGAAUCCUUACUGUCAGUAUAGUUGCCACAAAAGACUUUCUGUAAAUUUGCAGGACAAUAUGAACACGUAUGCUUCCAAUUGACACUGGUUUCAAUAUGCAGAUCUGUAAUACAAUAGUCCUUCUAUGACAAGACCUUAAAGUUUUUUAUAAGUCAUUAUAAUUAAGUACAAACCUGACAUGAAUUACAACACUAAUAGAAAACCUUUAAAAUUCUCUCAAUGUUGAAUAUUUGAAACAAAGUUUCUAACUUUUCAUUUGAAAAUAUGGAUGUAUCGAGAAUAUACUGGAUAUCUCUUAUUGUUGCAUGGAAUUUUAGAAUGACAUUGGCUUCAUUUUCCCCACUUCCCUUUUAAUUUAAUUUGACUUUAACCUCUUGUUAAAGAGUACAUUUUAAUCAACAUGGAUUUCAGUGUUUUACAGAAACUAAAUACCUCCUGCACAGCGGUCUCGGAUAGAGUUCUUUACUGUUACCGUACCCAGAAUGCUGUUGCUGUCAGUCCAAUACCUUGAUUCUGUUUUCUGUGUACUUCCAAGACUGUUUUACUGCAUGACAGCCUCAAUUAGUUGUGUUGUAUUAUGUCAGCACUUAAAGCAGCAGAGCUUUUGCAGUUAUGGUACAAUUCUUUUCUUUACUGUCCAGAUCCCUCUGUAAACUCUCUAUUGUCUCAAGCCUACCUGUUGUGUCAUUUCGUGACCACGUCAGCAGUGAUGUGUAACUGACAGUGCAUUUUUGUUCCAGUACUAGUACUGCUUUUACCUUUCAGAUACUGGAGACCCAUUCCCAGAACUGGGAAGUGGACUACAUUGUCAUAUGGGCUUUCUCCAUCGUGUUUCUCUACUAGCUGGGCAACCCCUUUAGAUAUAAGAUGAAAUACGUUUAAGGGGGAGGUUUGGGUUAUUUAAAACAAAAUACUUCCUUAGUCUGACAUGAAUGAGAUGAUGUUUUUUUUUAAAUCUAUUUUGAACUUUUUUUGUGUUUAAUAUUUUACACGAUCUCUGGUGCUAUCCAGGUUAUAUUAAACUACAAGACAAUAUCCUAAAAGUUUGGAAUGUAGAUUUAUACUGUACCGUUAAGAGCCAAAGUGUAUGUUGGCUUCUCUGUUUUUUAUUAUUCUUCACUUUUGAUACUGUGAAAAAUCUUUCAUUCUGAAAGGUUAAAACAAUACAGUUUUGACAAAAGAAAA